AUGGCUUCAUCAAUGAUUGGCAGAAUUGAUCCCUUUGAUGGGACAGAAGAAGACUGGCCUACAUAUAUUGAAAGGCUUGAACAAUAUUUUGAUGUGAACUCAAUUCCAGCAGCCAAGAAAGUGCCUGCACUAAUCAGCCUUAUUGGACCAAAAACGUAUGGGCUCUUGAAAAAUUUAACUACGCCAAACAAGCCAUCCACAAAGACAUACAAGGAGUUAGUUGAAAUUUUAUCACUACACUUGUCACCAAAGCCAUUUGUCAUCGCUGAACGUUUUCGUUUCCACAAGCGAGACCAACUUGAGGGUGAGAGCAUCAGUACUUACCUCGCUCAACUUCGACGGUUUGCUGAACAUUGCAAUUUUGGUGACUAUUUGAAUGAUGCCCUCCGUGACCGAUUUGUGUGUGGGUUACGGGCAGGAAGUAUCCAGAAGCGACUGCUCGCUGAGGCAAAACUAACACUAAAAAAAGCCUUGGAAAUAGCCACUGCAAUGGAGACGGCUGCUAAGGAUGCAGUAGAGCUUCGUCAGCAGUUAAAACCUGACUCUACUGUUCACAAAUUUAAUGUGAAAUCACGCACUCAAUCUUCGACUUCAUGCUACCGCUGUGGGAGGUCAAAUCACAGCCCAGAUCAGUGUCGAUUUAAAGACGCAACUUGCCAUUCCUGUGGGAAACCAGGCCACAUUGCGCCUGCAUGUCGCUCAAAGCCACCACAGACCCCUUCGAACAAAACGUUCAAACCUAAUCCAAAUAGACGUAAGAAUACUUACCAGGGGAAGGCACAGUCAACAAAAGUCAUGGAGAACAUCCCCAAUGAUGAACAGGAGGAUGAUGAAAUUUUCAUUGGAAGAGUCAAUAUCAACAAUGUAAAUUCUAAGUGUGACAUGAGCACAGCGAUAUGGGUCACACCAAAAGUCAACAAUAUCCCGAUCACCAUGGAAGUUGAUACAGGAUCUGCCAUUUCGAUCAUUUCAAUGGCUGACUAUCGGAAACUCUUACCGACAGUAACUCUGCAACCAUCAAAAGUAAAGUUGCAAACGUAUACAGGAGAAAAAGUUUCUCCAGCAGGACUGCUGGAAGUAUAUGUCCAGUACAACGGACAGAAUUGUACACAGAAACUGUACGUUGUCGAAGGAGGUGGUCCUCCCCUCGGUCGUGAUUGGCUCGCUACAGUAAAAUUGAACUGGCCAAGUAUUUUAGCCAUAAGAACCUCCUCCAUAGAUAUGAGAGACACUCACCUUAACUCGCUGCUCAAGAAAUAUGAGAAGCUAUUCAGUGAUAAAGUUGGUGAGUUACAUGGCAUAAAAGGGAAACUAACGCUCAAAGACAAUUCGUCCCCCGUAUUUCUCAAAGCAAGACAAGUGCCAUAUGCACUGCAACCUAAAGUUGAGAUGGAACUAGAAAGACUUGAACGUGAACAUAUAAUCACUCCAGUUGCCACAAGUCAAUGGGCAACGCCUAUUGUACCAGUUCCAAAGAAAAACGGCGGAGUUCGGAUUUGCGGUGAUUUCAAGGUUACAGUCAAUGCAAACCUAAAGAUUGACCAUUACCCUUUGCCCAAAAUUGAAGAUGUAUUUGCAACACUCGCAGGAGGACAAAAAUUUAGCAAGCUUGAUUUGACUCAAGCGUAUCUACACAUGGUUAUGGAGGAUGAGUCAAGUAAAUUGUUGACACUCAACAUACAUAAGGGACUUUUUCAGAUGCAUCGCCUUGCAUUUGGAGUAGCAUCCGCCCCAGCCAUAUGGCAACGUACUAUGGAACAAAUCCUCCAAGGAAUUCCGGGUGUGCAGUGCAUACUUGACGACAUGAUUGUGACAGGUCGUGAUGAUAGAGAGCACCUUCACAACCUUGAGCGAGUACUCAAUGUUCUUGAUGACCGCGGAUUAAAACUCAACAAGUCAAAGUGUGAGUUCUUCAAGAAACGCGUUGUCUUCUGUGGGCAUGAGAUUGACGCUGAGGGUCUACAUAAGACUCAGGACAAAGUCAACGCAGUGAACAAUGCACCAAAGCCUACCAAUGUAAGCCAAAUGCGCUCAUUCCUUGGGCUCAUAAAUUACUACCAUCGUUUUCUACCGAAUUUGGCCACUAUACUGCACCCACUCAACAGACUGCUUGAGAAAAAUAAACCAUGGGUUUGGACUGCAGACUGUGAGAAUGCAUUCAACAAGGCCAAAACUCUGAUUACUUCUAAGGAAGUUUUGACACAUUACAACCCAGAUCUACAGGUGAAGUUAGCUUGUGAUGCCUCACCAUAUGGGUUGGGUGCCGUGAUGUCUCACGUUAUGCAAGAUGGAUCUGAGCGACCAAUCGCAUAUGCAUCACGCACACUAUCUUCGGCAGAACGUAACUAUUCACAGAUUUAUAAGGAAGCCUUAGCACUGAUAUGGGGUGUUAAAAAAUUCCAUAACUAUCUUUAUGGAAGGAAAUUCACGCUGGUUACAGACCAUCAACCGCUCACAUCCAUAUUCAACCCUGCAAAGAGCAUUCCUGCGACUUCCGCAUCACGAUUGGUGAGAUACGCAAUAUUUCUUGGGAGUCAUGACUACGACAUCGAAUACAAAAAUACAACGACACAUUGUAAUGCCGAUGGACUGUCGAGAUUACCAUUGCCAGUGGUCACUAAUGAUUACAGUGACCCAGAUAAUCUUCUCUGUGUCUCACAACUCGAAAUUUUGCCAGUGACAUCUUCACAAGUAGCUCGAGAGACAGCAUAUGAUUUACCAGCCGCCCAGGCUCGUGAGUAUACCAUGAAAGGGUGGCCUCACACUCACGACUCUGUCCUCGCACCAUUUUAUACACGCAGAAAUGAACUCUCUGUACAUGAGGGAUGCCUUAUGUGGGGACUACGCGUCGUAAUUCCGUCCAAGCUACGCAAGAAAGUCCUUGACGAAUUACAUUCAGGGCACCUCGGUGUUGUGAAAAUGAAAACACUCGCACGAGGCUAUGCUUGGUGGCCUGGGAUUGAUCAUGAUAUUGAACAAAUUGCCAAAGGAUGCUCUGGAUGCCAAAGAGUUCAGCGUAAUCCAACUUCAGCACCACUCCAUACAUGGGAAUGGCCAACAACCCCAUGGCAACGCAUCCAUAUUGAUUAUGCCGGACCGUUCCUUGGACAAAUGUACCUAGUGGUCGUGGAUGCACACUCAAAAUGGCCAGAGGUUGUGUGUACCAAAUCGUCGAACACAACUCAGACCAUUGAAAUUCUUCGUGACAUUUUCUCACGCAAUGGAGUUCCCGAACAGCUUGUUAGUGAUAAUGGGCCCCAGUUCACAUCUGAGGAAUUCCAUAUCUUUCUCAAGAGCAAUGGAAUCAAACACAUCCGAUCUGCUCCGUAUCAUCCAGCAACCAAUGGGCUGGCUGAGCGCUUUGUGCAAACUUUUAAACAAGCUCUCAAAUCAAUGGCGGGGGAGAAAGGAUCAGCAUCAGCGAAACUUGCUAACUUUCUUCUUGCUUACAGAAGUGCACCUCACAGUACUACGGGACAAUCGCCUGCUAUGCUAUUCAUGAAGCGACAGCUUAGAUCUCGCUUGGAUAUUUUGAAACCGGACAUUCGCCGCCGUGUUAGUGACAAACAAAUGGACCAGACAGUUGCACAUAAAUCCGCUAGUACAACACGAGAGCUUCACGUUGGACAGACAGUCUCAGUUCGCGAUUAUCGAGGCAGAGAAAAGUGGAUUCUUGGGGUUGUGCAUUCUCAAAACGGUCCCCUGUCGUAUGAAGUGCGCGUAGGGCCAGAUAUGAUUUGGCGCAGACAUAUCGACCAGAUUUUGGAUUCUGAUACAGGUGUUACCCCUGACAUUGAUAAACCGCAGGAACUAGCACCAGAGAUAGCGACAACUACAUCAACAGUCGCGCAACCCUCUAUUGAUGAAGAGACACAAAACCCUAAAACUCUAGUGCCAGUUAGUUCCCCAGUGCGUGAACAUCGCUAUCCAUCACGCCAACGCAAACCUCCAGAUAAACUCAAUCUUUAGUCUUAAGAACAGAAACAAAGCAAAGUGAAGUGAAACAGUUGAUUUAUUACUCAUGUUUGUUUUAAAAAUGUUUACUCCAAGUUAGAGUUGAUAGUUAUAUAGUUCAGUGUUAUGUUAAAACGAAAACCAAGGAAAUGCCAUUGCAAAACAAAACAAGAAUUCUUACUAUCCUGAUAUAAGGAGUGCAACAAACUAUUUUCCAGAACUUUAUAAAUAGUUAAGUAAACUGCUGAACAUUUUCAUCACUUCAUAAUUAGUGAGGAGGAAGUGUAAUGUAUCACUGUGGCACUACUUAUUUACAGCGUAUUGAUAUAUUGCACAGUGCACAGUCUUGUGUGUAUACAGGUUAAAGGUCAUAUGAAUAAACCAUACUUUUCAAGAUGGCAGCUAUGUGCUUUGGCUACUCUGACACUUAGU